AUGACAAUUUACCAUGGCUUGAAGAUUGCGAGAAACUUGGGUUUUUCGAGCAUCUUGUGUUAUUCGGAUUCCCAAACAGUCUUGGAUCUUAUUUUGAAGGGACAUAGCAUCUAUCAUUGCUACGCUGUUGUUAUUACUAACAUCCAGGAUAUGUUGAAGUUGAAUUGGGACAUUACUUUAUCUCAUUCUCUCAGGGAAGGAAACUUCAGUGCUGAUUGGCUUGCUAAGUUGGGUUCGGCGAAUGAUAUCAAGAUAAAAAUUUGGGAGUCCCCUCCUGAAGCUUUAAAGAGCAUUCUUCUGUCUGAUGCUUUAAGGGUACUCCACCCUAGAGCUUAG